CUCUAGAAAGACAAAUAUUUAGGAACGGAGGGAGUACUAGGCACGAGGAGGAGGUUGUCUAGAUGGGCAGGUGAUACCUCAGAAGGACACCUUCUGAUAUUUGGGGUCAAUGCUGCAAAAGGAUAGGGAUAUCAAUGAAGAUGUCAACACUCAACCAUCGAAUCAAAGCCGGAUGGAUGAAGUGGUGCCAAGCUUCUAGCGUUCUCUGUGACAAGAGAGUGCCACAAAAGCUAAAAGGCAGGUUCUACAGCGGUGAUUCGACAUGCAAUAUUGUAUGGCGUUGAGUGUUGGGCGACUAAAAGGCAUCUACUUGUCAUAUCCUUGCUGACGGUUUCUUGCUCAGAUUUGGGAUCGAGAACGUGAUACUUGGGGAAGAAGAAUAAACCAGAGAGAUAAGGGGUAGGAGGAAAGAAAAUGUGAGCUUAUAUAUAGCUCGUACAUUUUCACACACUCAGCCCACCAGGCUCUCACACUUACAUGGCUGAAAGUCCAAAUGAACAAGACACUCUCAGAUGGCCCACUAGUUAUUCAAACAUUUCCCUUGGCGCCGCUCUUGACCUCCUUCAGAUUCUUCUUCCCAUGUUCUGCAGCUGUCAGGGUGACAUCACUGACAGGUCCUGGCUCUCCAGAACCAACUUGUCCCCUAGCUGGGGCAUUUGGAAACUUCUGAUGUGCAGUCUCAGAAUCUUCCUAAGUUGCAUAAGAGGCAGGCAAACCUUUCCAUUGAAGGAACGCUUGCAGCAGAAAGCAUUACCUUUCUUAACCAAGCGCCGAUCCAAAAUAAGUUCAGGCUGAAGAUCUUCCGUAUCAAGUAACAGAGGUGCUGGUGAAGUGGUAAAGAUAGGAGUGUGGUCAGGGGUCUUUUGUUUCAAUUGAGACGCACGAAACACCGGAUGCACCUGACUACUUGCAGGAACAGCAAGCUGAUAUGCCAUUGGACCUAUUUUCUCCAGAAUUUUGUAGGGACCAAAAUACUUGAAAGCUAGUUUGAGAAAUGGCCGCUUGAUCACCGAUGGUUUAGCAUAAGGUUGAAGCUUCAGAAACACAUAAUCUCCAACCGGGAAUUCCCUUGGUGAUCUGUGUUAGGAAGUCUUUCCGAACAAUCUGUUCUUAUCUUCCUCAGACUUCAUUUUGCACUGAGCCCUGUAUAGUCGAACUUUCAGAUGUUCAGAGUAUAAAUGCCACUCAUGCAGCCAACUCUCUAAGUCAGUAUUGUCGGUAGCUUGAGGGCGAGGCAAUUCUCCCAGGUGUGGCUCAUGACGAUAAAGGGCUUUAAAAGGAGAACCACCCAAGGAGGAAUGAUGAGACGUAUUGUACCAGAAUUCUGCUAAGGGAAGCCAAUUAACCCAUUUAGUAGGUGUGUCAUUAACAGAGCAUCUGAGAUACAUUUCUAAACACUGAUUGACUCUCUCAGAUUGCCCAUCAGUUUGAGGAUGUCGAGCAGUAGACAUCUGAAGUUUGGAUCCCCACAAAGUAAACAAUUCUUUCCAAAAUUUGCUGGUGAACAAUGGAUCUCUGACUCUAUCAGAAGUGACUGUGUAAGGCAUACUAGGUAACUUGACAAUUCUGUAAGAAUAACUGAGCAACUGAAGCUGCGGUGUAUGGAUGUUUCAAUGGAAUAAAAUAUCUGUCCACCACCACCAGGAUGACAGAAUAACCACAAUAAUUAGGCAGACCUUCAAUAAAAUCCAUGGUCACAUCCUCCCAGGCACCUUGUGGAACAGGCAGCGGGUUAAGGAAACCUGGAUACUUGAAUUGUUCAUGUUUAGUCUGCUGACAGAUCUGACAUUCUGGACAAAAUUUGUGACCGCUUGGUUUAGGCCAGUCCAGUGAAACAACUUAACUCUCUGAUAAGUUGCCUGAUUUCUAGAAUGCCCCCCUAUAGGUCUAGCAUGAAAGGCCUCAACUGUUUUGGUUUGCAACCCUGAAUUAGCCCCAAUCCAAACCACCCCCCCUCCCCUGGUGUUUUAUCCAUUAUGCGGAGUAAAGUCUGGGACUCCAUCAGGAGUAAGAACUAACUUCUGCAGUAACUCAUGAGCUUCUUCCCUAAAAAAACUCAUGAGCUUCUAAAUCUACUGCAUAGGAGUUUACAACUUCCUGUAACCACAAAAGCAUGCCCAAUUCUUGAAAGUGCAUCUGCUGCCUUAUUGUCUACUCCCUUUUUGAACUGAAAUUUGAACUGUAGCCCAAUUAACUUAGUCAUGGCUUUUCUCUGCAAGUAUGAAGUAAGAAUUUGAUAUUCCAAAUUUCACCAAAUGUCCUCUAGAAACAUAUGGCCUCCAUCUAUCCACAGCCAUCAUAACUGCUAAAAACUCCUUUUCUUAAAUGGACAGUUUGCUAUUGCUAAUACCCAGAGCUUUACUAUAGUAUGCCAUUAGAUAACCUUGUUAACUGAGCACACCACUUGUACGAGAGUCACAUGCAUCUCUGUUUCAAUACAGAAGGGCUGUGUGAAAUCUGCUAGACGUAAAACAGGAGUGUUACUCAUAGCUUGCUUGAGCUGGUCAAAUGCCACUUGUGCUUCUGGAUACCAAUGCAAAGCCUUCUUUUGCAGAAGUGUAGUUAAUGGUUUGGCCAGAAUAUCAUAAUUUUUGACAAAGUUCAUAUAGUAUCCUGUCAAUCCCCAAAAUCCCCUUAAUUAUGUCGCAAUAGUGGGAACGGGCCACUGUAACAUAGCUUUUGUCUUCUCAGGCUCUGUGGCAACUCCCUUGUCAGAAAUGAUGUGACCUAGGUACUCCAGUUGUUGCUAAGGAAAUAAACACUUGCUCUGUUUUGAAAAUAACAGAUGUUUUCUGAGAAUAUAUCCAGACCUUGUUUCAGAUGCACAACAUGGGACUCCAAGUCUUUGCUAUGAACUAAUAUAUCAUCCAUGAAAACCAAUACACAAAUUUUCUGAUAUAGGGUGCAAACACAACAUUCAUGAUGCACUGAAAGGUAGCUGGGGCAGUUGUCAGCCCAAAGGGCAUAACUCUGAAUUGAAAUUUCCCAUGAUGAGUUUUAAAUGCAGUUUUAGCUUCACCUUCCUCCACCAUUCUAAUCUGGUGAUAGCCUGCCCUGAGGUCCAGCUUAGAAAAUCACUUGGUUCCAGCUAACUCAUCCACCACAGGCAUUGGGAAUUUGCUUUUAAUUGUCAGCAAGUUAAGUCUUCUAUAGUCCACACAGAAUCUCCAUGUCCCAUCUUUUUCUUGACUAAAAGCAUAGGUGAGGCAAAAGGGGCAUACUGGGUGUCACUAUGCCAGCAACAAUCAUUUCAGAGACUUGCUUCUCAAUUUCAUCCAUUUGCAAUGUGGAAUACCUGUAGGGUCUUGAAUUAAUUGAAGCAUUGUAAGGUAGUGAUGAGAGGCAUGAUCAUAAGUCCUAUGAGGUGGCAACUGUUGUGGAUUUUGAAACACAUCAGUGUAUUCAGUGAGGAGUCGCUGAAUACUUUCAGGUGUAGUUCGCACUGAUACUGCUGCCUCGGUAGUUAAUAUUCCUGUAGCCCAGACAUCAUUACCUUCCACACAUUUUUCAAAUUGUUCAACAAUGAAUUCUUGCAGUUGUGUGACUGGCUUAUCUUUCAUGCCUUGUAAAGUAACAGUGUGACCCUUGUCCUGAACUGUAUCCAUUUCUCCUCCCAGUGGCAUGUCAUAGGACCCCACUGUGCUAACCAAUCCAUGCCCAAGAUGACAUCAUAACCUCCCAGGGGUACAACUUCAUGUAUGUGGUAAAUGUACGAACCAUGAACCUCUUGUUCACAAGUCAUUGGCCACUUUAACUUUCAGAGGAAGAGGUAGUGUUUUGGUGUUACACUAAAUUCUGUCAGCUAGCUGCUGACCAGUGAAAGUGUGAGAACUACCAGAGUCCACUAAUAGCAACAUGACUUGAUUAGUUACCAUGGCUCUUAGUCUGACUGUCUUAGGGUUGUUUGUUCCAGAGAAUGCAUUGACAGACAAGAAUGCAGCAGCCUCAGCUACAGUUUCUGUCAGCUAGCUGCUGAUCAGUGAAAGUGUGAUAACUACCAGAGUCCACUAAUAGCAACAUGACUUCAUUAGCUACCAUGGCUCUUAGUCUGACCGUCUUAGGGUUGUUUGUUCCAGACAAUGCAUUGACAGACAAGAAUGCAGCAGCCUCAGCUACAGUUUCUUCCACUGCAAGAGCAUCCAGCAUUGCAUCCUCUAUAUACACCUGUUCCCCCCCUGUGGUUUCAAUAGCCUUCACUUGAGCCUCAUUUUUCGUGCAUACAUGUCCAGGAGCAUAUUUGUCUCACAGCUGUAACACACUUUGCUUUCCAGAGAUUCCCAGCAGCAAACUGAGUUCGCUGAACAGGUUCUUGUUGUGGUAUAUAACCCCCAUUUCUGCUAUAUCGUCCCUGCUGUCCUUUGUUUAAUUCCAGCACUGCCUCUUGUACUAGAGCAUAUACAGUUGCAGUAUGAACUGUAAGAGGCAAUGAAUUUCAACAGCUGCUCUUAUAUCAUCUUUCAAUCCAAGUACAAAUUGAGUAACCAAAAAUAUUUCACUGACAGACCCUUCAUACAGUUUGACUUGCUACACAAGCUGAUUGAAAUUACUCGGAUAUUCCUGAACAGUUCGAGUCUGUUUUAAAACCAACAGACCUCUCAUGCAAUCUCUAUGCACAUUGAGGUCAAAUUCCUGCAGCAUGGCCACAGAAAACUGACUCCAUGAUGAACGGUAAUCAGACAGUUUAUAUGACUGGUACCAGUGUGCAGCAUUUCCAUGUAAGUGCAGAGAUGCAGACAUGACUUUUAAGUUUUCAGGAGUUUGAUACAACAGGAAAUAAGCUUCAAUUAUCAAGUCAAAUUCGAAUUCCUUCCCCAUCAAACUGUGGAAAUUCCAUCUUAGGCAUCCAGGUGCGCUUGGAUCCAUGCUAGUCAGAGGAAGAAUUUUUUUGAGGUGUGUGUGAUACCUUUCCUGGAUCCACAGGAGGAGGCUGUCCAUGUUGCCCCCUGCGAACAUGAACCCUUGGCUGCGUCGCCACUGUGGGCGACACUGCAUAACAACCCUUCGCUGCCAUCCGCUCCAGAUCCGCGUCCCGAACACUGGUGGAUUCCUUUAACACUCGCGCCACAUGAACCUGUUCCUGAUGGAUCUCUCCAAUAGAGCUCACAAAUAUGUUUACCUUGGACUGCACCUGAUCCAGCUGAGCGACUUAUUCCUCAAACUUGUUGUCCAACCCAUCCAGUCGCGCCUUGAUUUCCAAAAUUCCUUCCACUUGCUCCUGCAGUAGCUGCAGAGCCGCAAAUGCCUGCGUUACGUUCUCCUCGAAUGACCCCAUCACCUCUACCAGGUGUCGUGUCUGAGCACUUGGCUUGAACGACACCGUUGCAGCUUCCUCUGGAUUUCUCCAACGCCGAUCUUGGAUUUACAGCCAACCGCAUGAGCAAUCGACAACUGACCAGUCGAUGUUACGGAGAGAGUCUCGAGUAUGCGAAGCACAAGACGGACCUAUCUAGCUCUGAAUACCACUUGUCAUAUCCUUGCUGAGGAUUUCCUGCCCAGAUUUGGGAUCGAGAAGAGGAUACUUGGGGAAGAAGAAGAAGAAACCAGAGAAAUAGUAGGUAGGAGGAGAGAAAAUAUGAGCUAUUUCAUUUAGUCGCUGCCAAUUCCAGCCAACGGUCGUGCUUAUAUAUAGCUAAUACAUUUUCACACACUCAGCCCCCAAAUGAACAUGACACUCGCAGAUGGCCCACUAGUUAUAUAAAUAUUACCGAAAAAAGCUUUCGCCCUGCUUUAUAAAUAAAGCAACCACCAGAAGCACAAGGUCCAACAAAUGUUCACACCGCACAUGCACGCCAAAGUAGCAGACAACAAAGAAAGUACAACAGAGGGUUCUGCUGAGGGCACAGCUCAACAAGCGCUAAAGAGAAAAUAAAAGGCGGCAACACAUUUCCCUUGGCGCUGCUCUCGACCGCCUUCAGCUUCCUCAUCCCUGGUUCUGCAGCCCUCAGGGCGACAGUACUGACAACCAUAAUUGGAAGGGUAUAAUCAAAUUGUUAUAUAUGCUCCCAUGAAAAGCAAGAGACGUGGAAAAUUGGUAGUUUUGAUCACCUUGCAGGUUGUUUUGUUAAGGUGGAAAAAUUGUAUCGGGUUCCUACCUGCACGCCUUGUCGAAUGCUAAACAGAAUCAUGUGCAUGGAUUAGUUUCCGCAAAAUAACUCUACGUGUAUGGAUUGGUAGUUUGGACCAAUAUGGAACUGUGGCCAUGAUAUUGUCUUGAGAAUUAGGCAAAUAGUUAAUCCAUUAUGUGUUGAAUGUAGUGCAGCUGUAGCUCUUUUAUUCUCAUAUAGAAGUUCACCCAGAUGAUCGUCAAAAUUACUAUGAAAUUCAAUUUUUCUGUGAAGAGACUUAUCUUUUUCACUAUCUAUUCCUGACCUGUCAAAAUAUUCUAUGUACUUCCAUAAAAUGGUUCGCAAGGUAUCAGAAUGAAAGUGAAGGGACUAAUUAGUGAAGUUGUAACUAACCACUAGAUUUUACUUAUUUCACAUUCUCUCUCUUUGCAUACAGAUGGCUAUGGGGCUCAUUUUUUCUAAAUUUGUUGGUUCCUGUGGUUAUGCCUCAAGGAUAUUAAUUUCUGAUGGCUGAAGUGUUUUGUUUGACAGAGAAUGUGCUUCAGUAUUAGGACUAAUCUAGGAUCUCUCAUGCCCGGGCUUGCCGACUACAUGAUGUCUUAUGUUAGAUGAUUAAUACGGUGAUUUUUAUGAAAAAACUAGCAUCUUACGCACCUUAAUUUGUGUUCUUCCUCGGCUUUCGAGAAGUUUCUGGGAAUUGCAAUGGACCAAAUUGUUGCCCAAGGCCUGGAUUCGAAACAUGUAGCUGUAAUGCUAAUCAAUCAUACCCAUUGCUUAUCAGUCGUAAUCAAUUCCUGCUUUUUAAACUUUCUCUUUUUUGGAAAAAGUGGAAGCAUUAUCGGCCAACUGAAAAGAGUAUGUUAUAAGUACAAUGAAAUCUGGGAAAAGAACUAUGAUGGGAGACGACGACACAGCCGCCGCUCUUUCCCCCUUCCCAAACCCUAGAGUUCGAGGCACUGAUCCCCAAGCCAAGGAUUUGAUGCCGCCAGGAGGAGGAGGUGAGCAUGGCUGCACGGAGCAGGACCACCCAUUGGCGACCGUUCGCCGUGACGAAGGCGCUCCGUCCCAUCCUAUGCCGCCGCCUCCCCUCAUUGUUCCCGUAGCUUCUGAGAAGAAGAAGAAGAAGCACAAGCAGGGGCAGGAGCACGAGAAACACCCUGCUGGGAGCCUUCCUGAGGGCCCCCUUGUCGAGAUUCUGUCCCGGGUGCCUUACAAGUCAUUCUGCCGCUUCAAGUGCGUGUCCAAGCCGUGGCUUGCCCUCUGCUCCGACCCCGACAUCCGCAAGAGGUCACCCCAGACCAUGGCAGGUUUCUUCCUCCGCAACUAUGGCAUGCGCCCCUGUUUCAUUAACUUGUCCGGAAGAGGCCAACCCCUGGUCGACCCUUUUCUCUCUUUCUUGCGCGAGAGCUUUAAACUUCUCAUCCCCCAGCAUUGCUGCGGUGGCCUUGUUCUCUGCAAAUACUGGGAAUCGUAUUGUUUUGAGGAAGAUGAGUACAAUCUUGUCGUGUGCAAUCCUGCGACCAAGAAGUGGGCUGAGCUGCCUCCUAAUCCUAUACAAUUGCAAGACGAAGACGAAGAAGAAGUCGAAGAAUAUUUGUGUUUCGAUCCAGCCGUCCCCUCCCGUUUCAUGGUAUUCACACACACUUGGGAUUUCACAGAAGUGACAAUCUACUCAUCAGACACUGGACGAUGGACUACGGUGGAGAGUGGUUGGAUUGAUAAGACUCCUAUUGGUCUUCCUGUCUUCCUGAAUGGUACUUUGCAUUUGAUGACCACUGAAUAUUCAAUAGUCACAGUAGACACAGAGGGGAAGGUUUGGGGGCAAAUUGAUAUUCCAGGCAACAUGCGAGACAGCUCUGAUUAUCCGUUCAUUGGACAGUCUCAGGGACGAUUGUAUGCUUGGUGUAUAAAUGAUAAUGUUGAUGUUUGCCAACUUUUAGUUUGGGCUCUUGAGGAUUAUGGUGGUGCAAAGUGGGCCUUGAAGGAUACUGUUAACAUUUCAGAACUGUUUGGAAGGGAUCGUUACAAAUAUGUGGAGCCCUUAGCAAUUCAUCCAGAUUGUGAUUUGAUUUUCCUUACCGACCGGAGGGGGAAGGCUAUCUCAUAUGAUAUGGACAGCAAGAAAGUGCAUGUUAUCGGCACUCACGAAACAUUCUAUGGUGCUAUACCUUAUGUUCCAUGUUUUGCGGAAUGGCCGUCAGAUGGUCACUGACCUUGGUGGAACUAUAUAUUGUCUUCAUAGAAUUCAGCCAUGGAGAAUAUGCAACACCUAGCAACAGCUUCCAGUGGCUAAUGCUUAGUUGUAUGAAUGAGUCUAGGUAUUUGAUAUAUCGGCUGCCUCUAGUGCUAAUCAUUAUGGUCACCUGUUAGCUCUUGGUAUGGGGUAACUGUGAGGGUAUAUUAUCUAUUUUUGAAAUUGGUUGGAUUUUCACCUCUUUAUUUUCCGUUUAAGAUUGGAGAUGCUUAUCUCUUGUUGCAACUUGCAAGUACAUUUAUCUUUUAUGGACAACUUGUUAUCCAUCGGUUCUGAAUAUUGAUAUCGCCUUGUUCUUAUGCACAUGUUAAAGACUGGA